GAGGAAUGCAAGACUUUAAUUACAUUCAUAGCAACUGUUUUGAGAUAACUCUUGAGCUCUCGUGUUGUAAAUAUCCAAAAGAGGCGGAACUCGAGAAGGAAUGGCUUAAUAAUAAAGAAUCUCUUUUAUCAUACAUUGAAAUGGUCCAAAUGGGAGUGAAAGGUCUCGUCAAAGACUCGGUGACCGGUAAAGCCAUCGAAGGCGCAACACUUAAGAUCGAUGGCAUUGAUCAUAACGUAGUGACCACUAAUAGAGGGGAAUACUGGCGGUUAGCGCUGCCCGGCGUAUACCAGAUGACGGCCUCAGCCGUCGGCUACGAAUCUCUAAUAAAAAAGGAUGUUGUGAUUAAAAACACGACCGCCGGUACGCCUCUUGUACUCGACUUUCAGCUCAAUCCUAUCGGCAGUCAACGCUAUCCCAGUGUCAACAGCCCGGACGCGGUGCCAGUGGUUGUCGACAAUCAUAAAAGCAGCCAAUCGUCGUCGUCUAAACCCACCGCAAGUUUGAAAGCUUCUACUGCCGGUGUGGCCACAGUGGGUCAACACUGGGCCGAACGCUGGAACCAAUCCGUCCAUAACAUGACUUCCAAAUACGACUUCCGCACGAAGACUGAGUACAAACAUCACAACUACACUGACCUCAAAGACUAUAUGCAACGGUUGAACGCAAAGUAUCCGCAUUUGACGCGACUUUAUUCUAUCGGCCAAUCGGUGGAGAGCCGGGACCUACUGGUGCUCGAGAUCGGCACCACUCCAGGCGUGCACCGGCCGGGCGUACCCGAGUUCAAGUACGUGGCCAAUAUGCACGGCAACGAAGUGAUCGGACGGGAACUGUUGCUACUCUUCUCCAAGUAUCUGUUGGAGAACUACGGCACUGACCCUCGCAUCACACGUCUGGUCAACUCGACGCGAAUCCAUUUGAUGCCAACCAUGAAUCCCGACGGUUACGAGAAGUCACUGCUCGGCGACUGUAACUCAGAGUACGGCCGCGGAAACGCUCACAAAGUGGAUCUCAACCGCAAUUUUCCCGAUCAGUACAUG